AUGAGCGAGCUGAUCAAGUUUAAGGCCGGAAGAGUGCAAUACGACGAAGAGACAGGGCAGGCAACGCCGUUGCGCGGCCAAGGUAAUGUUAUUUUGAAGCGCAGCAGUGACGACGACUCGUUGCUGGCCAUCCAGUGGCGGCCGCGGGCGGCGUACGGACAGUCUUUGCAGCCCACCGAGGAGCUUAUGGUUCUUCCUGGUGAUGUGACUUUUGAGCAUAUCAAAGAAUGCAAGACUGGCCGCGUUAUUUCGCUGCGUUUUGAGUCCAGCGGUCGCCGAGAAAUGUACUGGUUACAGGACCCGGUGAGUGGCGAUUUGAACGAGCUUAGCGACGCAGACCGCCUGAACCUUGAGCGUCUCAAUGAACUUGCCAACCAGGAGCUUGAGGAAGACGACGAAGAGGAAGAAGCACCAAGUGAGCCCGUGGCUGUAGCACCAACGAGUGUGCCUUCGUCUAGCGCGGCUCCGCCGCCAGCUGUACCAAAACCCAGCGGUCCUGCCUCUUUGGGUAGGGCCUUGAGUAGCGACAGGCUCGCCGCCCACAUCACCAACGCUUCACAAGAGGAAAGUGACGAGCUGCUGGCCACCGUCAGUCCUUUAGCGACAUCGCGUUUCGAACUGGUUGAGCUUGUGCGCUCUCCCCACUUUCAGGGGGCUUUAAACCAGCUAGAUGAGAUCCUUUUGCAGGGUGGAACCCAGGGCCUGUCGGCUGAGCUCAAUGUACCGUACGAAGGAGAAGGACUCGUGUCAUUCUUGAACGCAAUUCGUAAACAGUUUUCGAAAUAG